AUGCUUCAGCAAAUCGAGCACAUUCUCGGGACUCAUGCGGACGCGUUCACUGAGUGCCAGCGUGCCUGCAGACACCUCCAUGCUAGCUACGUUGCUCAUUAUGCGGCCGCUACACCUUUUGCAAUCACAGCUAUAACCAGUGCCCACCCCGGCCACUCUUUGGUUAUUGCCGGUACCCGCAAGGGGACGGUCCAUGCACUUUCCUUGAACAGCCCCACGCCUGCGUUAACCCUUCCCUCUUUCACAGAGCCGGGAACGCUGGCUCCCGCCUCCGUUUCUGAUCUGGCAUCUCUAGGGAGAUAUAUACUGGCAGCACGGGGAUACACGCUUACGACGUGUUGCAUGGACAAUCUCCAUGCACAAGACAUUCCACUUCACGCUCCUAUUUCAUCUCUGUCUACUGCUCCGGGCGAUCAGAAUACAGUUCUUUUAGGCUUCACAAAUGGCACAUUUGGCUGGGUAGACCUCCGCUCUAACAAGCUUCAGUUGCACGAGAUAAAUAGAUUUGGCUCUCUGUCUACUCGCACUUACUCUCUUGACAGUGUACCGAAAAUAGAGCAAUGCCCCAAUAAUGCAAAAGUGUGUAUAAAGCAACACAUGGAGACAUCAAAGCAGGUCUUUAUAUCGGUAGAAAGGCCAGGCACCCCGGCUAGGAUAUGGGAUACUCGAUCAACUUCGUUGCUUUGUAACCUAGUCGAGCCGUCUGUGGAAAGCGGCAGUGUCCUGUGGGGAGAGUUCAAUAAGACGCACCUUGCUGUACUUUCAUCCAAUGAUGCUGUCUUCUUUUACAAUCGCAGGAAUAAUUACGUGCUUGAGUAUUACUCACGCAUAACAACGCGACACAGCGCCCGAUCUGUUUGGAUAGACGAUUGCCGCUUGAUUGCUGGGUCUUACUCACGUAUGCGGGAGACAGAUCAGCGUGGGUUCCCGAUUAUUGUUGUCCCAGAACGGCCAAAAGAUGAUAUGGAGCCUUUAGGGGAAACGCCGGUUGAAUUAGCUUAUGAGUGGAUUAAUUGUCCAUUCCAGCACGGGAUGUCGGCUCUCUACCCUUUCUCUUCCAGAUCUCUCCCCACACUAAAUACCUUCUAUGGUGUAGCAAUGGAUGACAGUAUAUGUGUGUUGGAUGAGCGGCCAGAGAGCCCUGUAGCGCGAGCUCAAGGGUCAGAGGAGAACUAUUAUAACUCUGGAUUUAAAUAUUGUUCUGAUAGACCUCUGGGUUUGCUCAAAGACCCCUCUAAUCAAGAACAGGGCGUUUCCUCCAUCAACAAGCUAGAUAGCUACUCUGUUAACAUCUCUAACACCGUGGACUGGACUCUGAAACGCUGGGGAGUUCCCAUGAGCAUGCAAUCAUCAAGUUCCAAACCCUUCUCUGCCAGCAUACUUGACAGUUUGUUAUCACGCACCAAUAUGACCUUCAGUACGCCAACACUAUCAUCGUCUCUUUCUCAAAGCGACAGGUUAGGUGCAUCUCAAGAUAUACACAGGAGACACAGACGGAAUGAAUAUACUUGUUACAGCUAUUCAAGCACAUGCUGUAUCAGCCAGCUCACACAGGAGAAAGAACCAAUGUCAACAAGUCCUCCUCUGAAGCUGGAUCAAUCUGGACCCAGACAGUUUAUUCCUUGGCAAGUGCAGGAUGGGGAGUGCCCCCAAAAGGAGUGUCUGGAGGUGGACAGCUUCUUCGAGAAAGAGGAUCCGGAUUGCGCUCAGCAGAGUGUUUGCGAAAUUAACUUUGAUGAUAGCUAG